UGGUCCCUAUUCCCUUGGGGGUCACAAACCUGUUUUCCAGUGGUGGCCUGGUAACUGUCCUCUACCCCUGCCCCUCACAGGAGUAGUAUAUUAAGGAGUUCCAGACUUCUGAGUUGAAAUCACAGCUUUGGUCUCUCACUAGCUGUGCCACCUCAGGCAAGUGACUUAACUUCUCUGAGCCUCAGAUUCCUCAUCUACUCAAAAGAACCUCUGAGGGCCUCUGGAGCAGAGUUGGUCUGAGAAGUAACUGUCGAGAGGGGAGGGGAGCUGGCCUGGCAUGUCAGUGGCGCACAGGAGGUGCCAGCUGACUUGGUUGCUUGGGGCUGGGAGAGCACGGUGGAGGUUGCUUCAUCCUUCACAAGCCUUGACUGUCCUGGGCUUCACUGUACCCCCAGCCUAAGGCUGCAGCUAUCAGAGAAACUCAGCUCAAGGUGACAGUCCUUGUCAUGCCCAAACCCUUACUCGGUGCCAGGCUCUAAAAGGGCACUGGAUUCCGUGUAAGCUUUGCCACCGCCUGGACAACUGCAGAGUCAUCAGCUCCAUUUUAGAGAUGGAAAACUGAGGCUCUGCCAGAGAAUUGGUUGAGAGCCUCCUGGAAGGGGGAUGUCUCUGGCCUGAGGUCUGUCCUCCCCAUGCUAGUCACUAGAGGGCGCCAGCGCCCAGCAGGCCGGGUUUGGGCUGGCUCUCAUGACCACCCCAGGUGCCCACCUCUUGCAGACCCCAGUGCUAGAAGGGCAGGGAACAGUGUGACCCCGAGUGCUCUGCACUGCGGGGAGGAGAAAGAGAAUCACGGGCCUGGGAGGAGGAGGAAAGGAGAAAGAGGAAACCAGAGGUGGGGAUUCAAGAGGCCCUGAGGCUCUUCUCACAAAGCUCCCUGUGCUUGAGCUCACAGAUCCUACCUCUCCUCUCUCCUGAGAGAGUGUGUGUGUGUGUGUCUCCCUCGUCCUAUCUUUGUGGGUUUCUUUCUUUCUCUUGUUCAGUGAUUCUUUUUCUGUGCUCUGUGCACGUGCGCACGUGUAUGGGGCUGGCUCUCAGUGUCUCCCUUUUUGCUGUCUAUUUGCUGUCUCUUGCCUCUGCCUCUGUCUCCUGUGUGUUCCUGUCUCCCUAUUAUGUCCCCACCUCUCUUCGUCUCUGUCCUGCCUUUCUUCAUUCUCUCUCUCUAUCUCUGCCUUGAUCUCUUUUUGUUUCUGUCUCUGUCUCACCCAGUUGCACAUCCCGUCCGUCCUCAACCACCACCACCAGGCAGCACAUGUGGGCUGAGGGUCUCAGUCCCUUCCCUCCCAUGUCUCCUCACCCUGGGCAGCUGCUCACAGCUUCCCAAUCCUGGCCCCUCCUGCCCGCCCCUCUUGGGCCUGGGGGGAGGGGAGCGCGGGAGGAAGGGAGGGCAGCCUGGCGGGCCCACCCCUUUUUGCCUUUCCAGGCUGGGAGGCUGGGCCAGUGGGCCUUUUAACCAGCCUGGGCAGGCUGUGCCGGACACCAGCCCUGGACACCGUGCCUGGCCUCUGCGGUUCCGGCAGCCCGGCCAGCCCGGCCAGCAUGCAACAGCCGCCCCCGCCCGGGCCCCUGGCCCCUGCGGCCGAGCCAACCAAGCCUCCUUACAGCUACAUCGCCCUGAUCGCCAUGGCCAUCCAGAACUCUCCAGGGCAGCGGGCCACACUCAGCGGCAUCUACCGCUACAUCAUGGGCCGCUUCGCCUUCUACCGCCACAACCGGCCGGGAUGGCAGAACAGUAUCCGCCACAACCUGUCACUCAACGAAUGCUUUGUCAAGGUGCCCCGCGAUGACCGCAAGCCGGGCAAGGGCAGCUACUGGACGCUGGACCCCGACUGCCAUGACAUGUUUGAGCAUGGCAGCUUUCUGCGCCGCCGGCGGCGCUUCACCCGACGGGCAGGUGCUGAGGGCGCCAAGGGCCCCACCAAAGCGCGCCGUGGACCCCUCCGAGCCACCAGCCAGGACCCAGGAGCCCCCAACGUCGCAGCUAGCAGACAGUGCCCGUUCCCGCCGGAGCCACUGGAACCCAAGGGCCUAAGCUAUGGGGGUCUGGUGGGGGCCUUGCCAGCCAGCAUGUGCCCGGCCACCACCGAUGCCAGGCCUCAGACACCCUCAGAGGCCAAGGAGAUGCCCACGCCCAAGGCUGCAGGCCCAGGGGAGCUCCCUGUGGCCACCUCGUCUUCCUCGUGCCCUGCUUUUGGCUUUCCCACCAGCUUCUCUGAGGCUGAGGGGUUUAGCAAGGCUCCUGCACCCAUCUUGACCCCCGAGGCCACCAUCGGGAGCAGCUACCAGUGCCGGCUGCAGGCGCUGAAUUUCUGCAUGGGGACUGACCCAGGACUGGAGCACCUCUUGGCCUCAGCAGCCCCCUCCCCUGCACCAUCCACCCCUCCAGCCUCCCUCCGGGCCCCGCUGCCCCUGCCAGCUGACCCCAAGGAACCCUGGGUUGCAGGCAGCUUCCCUGUCCAGGGAAGCUCCAGCUACCCACUGGGGCUGACCCCCUGCCUGUACCGGACGCCAGGAAUGUUCUUCUUUGAGUGAAGGCCAGCCAGCCUCAGGCCGUCCCUGCAUAGCCCCUGCCAACUACGCCCUCCAGGUUGAGGCUGACUCUGAGAUCUGGGGAGCUCUCAAAGGAUGCGGGCCUGGCAAGCCCACGACAGCUGGGACAGGAAGCCAAGAUUGCAGCGGUGAACACUCAGCCAGCCCUAGGGCCUCUGGACAGACUUGGGGGUGAGGGGAAGCAGGGCCCCCUGGGGAUUUACUCUGUGGCUCUCAGGGCCAAUAAAGCCAGUGUGAUGAUGA